AAGCAAUUUUUCUAUUUAAGGUUUGGAUCAUUGCAUCACAGCACCUGUGGGCACUCGCCGAAAUCUCUUAUUCGAAAAUGAGGAUGGUGCAUUUUCAAGGUCUAUGACUGAGAAAAGGGGUGGUCCAAGGAUUGACCUAAAAUUUGAUAGACUCUCUGAACGUGAGAAGGAAAAGCUCAUUGUGGAGUUAGUGAAGAUUCAAAAUGAUGGAACAGUGGAGGUUGACCUCACUAAAAGUACACCCGUUGCUUCUGAAUUCUUAGAGCUACAUUCAGUUGAAGGAAUUCCUCCAAGUAUUGAUUACAUUACAAAGUCCACAACUGGUCUGAACAGAUCAAUUCCGAAAUUGAACAUCGCAGUUCUUGUGGUUGGAACAAGAGGAGAUGUUCAGCCCUUUCUCGCUGUGGCAAGGAGACUUCAAGUAUGUAAAUUAAAUUCGAACGUACAUGAGUGCACAAAUAUAUGCUAGUUUUACGCGGUUUCACAUUAUUAUUAGCCUCCCAUAUACCCUGCUACUUUUUCUACAGCUAGAAUCCUAUAUUAUUAAUGCUAUUGAAAUUAACAUGACUCGAGAUUCUGUGAGAUUCAAAACCAAUAUUCUAGGGGCCAGAAGAAUGUUAGUUAAUGUUGAAUGGCUGUAUGUACCUAGGAGAGGGUUUAGUCAUCUAGAACUUCAACUUUUAAGUUGAUAGAGAGAGAGAGUGUGUAUCUAAUGUGGAAUUGGAGUUGAUAUCUUCUGGGAAUUUUUUGGUUGCAGAAAGGUUCUGUUGAAGAUCAAAUAUAAAUAAAUAAAGUCGUUUCUCUGACCUCAUGAGCAUUAGAUGAGAAUGAGAGGGUUUAACAUGUUAGCAAAGACCAAAGUCUUCGGUGAAAGUCUAGCCGUCACUAAUUUUUGAAAUUCCACUAUAUAGGUCUUUAACGAGAAGGGGCAUGUUGAACAAAAAUCAUAAAUAAAUAAAUAUAUCUUAACUCUAAUAAUUAAGCUUUUAGAUGAAUUGGCUUUAUAAGUUAAUAAAAAUCACUCAAUUUUGAUAGGGUAGAGGGCAUGGCUGAAAAGAUGCUAUAUUUUUGCUAAUUACCCUUGUAAAUCAGGAAACGCUGCAGUGAUACUCUUCAUUUCUCUGUAUUGUUGCCAAUAGAGUAGAUUUAUUUUCUUCAUAAGUGAAGUUUUUUCGCACUGAACCAAGACAUUGCAAUCCUUGUACAUAAUGAACUAAGCUACAGUACAAUAUUUGGGAUCCAUUGUCUAUCACACUAGACCUUUUCUCUCCUGAAUUUUUAUCCCUCUUUGAGCAGGUUCAAAUAUUAUUCACUUUUGAAAUUGGGAAACUUUUGUUACCAGUAAAAUCACGCUAAAAGUUUAAUCUUCAAGCAAUUCGUCUCUGCAACUUUGGCCCCCAGGAGUUUUCUUGAAAAAUUAUUUGUCGACUGAAUUUUUUGUGUCAAUUGGCGAUUAACAAUGAAAUGUACUGUUCUCGUUUUGAAGGGUAAAAUUAAAAUUUCGAAGUAGUUUGGUUGUUGUUGCUGUUGUCUACAAACCUAGUAGCUGGUUUUGCUAAAAGAGUUCUGGGGUUCUAGAACUUCUGGUCUGUUUUUUUGUUCCAUAUCUGCCAAGAUAUUAUGAUUUUUGUCGCUUCUAGGUGAUCUUUUAUGUGUUUUAGGAACAUGCGAAGAUGGUCUGGGAGGUUCUCAGAAAAAUUUGAUUGAUUUCUUCUUUGAAUGUGUAAUUAUUGGUCGUGCUGGGAUUAAAUUGAUUUAGUACUUUGUUAUGGUGGAAAAUAGACCAUUAUAUGGUUGAUGGUGUAACUUGUCAACAUAAUUAAGGCACACAUAGAGGGAAAAGGUCCAGA